AUGAAUGGGAAAAAGGGAGGAGUCGAAGAAUUAAUUCUACCGAUAAUGACGAUAUCGCAAAUAAUGGGCACGACGUAUUAUAAGAAAACGUUGGAAAAUAAUAAGAAAAAAAUUUUCCUAUACAGAAUCAUAAUAUUAUCCUUCAUAAUAAUGGUACUCGUACACGAAAUACCCACCAUGAUAUUUUGGACUCGUAACACGGAAGGGAUUCACGCCAUAUUGGCAUUCAUGGAAACGAGACUUCGUUGGGGAGUCGUAAUAAUAAAUUUAAUCGUGAACAGCGGGAGAAAUGGAAAAUUUAACGAAGUCGUAGAAGAAUUGACGAAUACAGAACUCAACGUGUACGACGAUAAGAAAAAAAUAAUAUGGUUUCAAAUAUUUAUACUUUCAUCGACUCUAACUCUUUUAAUUUGCUACAUGUGUUUGGGAGUGGAUGUGCUAUGGAUAAAUCCGUAUUAUCAUUGGUACACGUCAUCCGUUUACAUAAUAACGGAAUUUUACACGGGUUUUGCUAACGUUCAAUUCGUCGUCGUUUUAUUCGUUAUAAAAAAACAUUUGACGGCUCUCAAGGAUGAUAUAAGGAAUUCGGAUUUUAAAUUGAUGAACGGUAGCAAAAAAAAAGACGUGAUGGUUUUUUUCGUUUGUAGCAAAUUCAAAAGGGACGACAUUGGAGAAAUCGUUAAAUUCCGACAGAUACACAUGAAUUUGAUGAACGUUUGUUAUAAAACAAACGAUUGUUUUUGCAUACAAGUAUUUAUUUUUUUAAUGACGUCACUAGUCGAAAUGACUUAUUCGUUCAGGUCGGCGGUGGUAUUUUAUUUGAAUCCGGAUGGUGGUAGCGUAAAUUCAUGGAAGACGAAAUAUUGGUACGAAGUUGCGUUGAUUUUUUUCUGGGGAGGUUAUUACAUGUGGCAAAUAUUAAUAAUAAUAGUUUCCUGUUCUGCUGUCAUAUUCGAAGCUUUCGAUAUAUCGAACGCGGUUAACGAUUUAUUGAAUAAAGUAGAGGAUAAGGAAUCGAAAAAACAAAUAUUUUCGUUGCAAAUAAUGAAUCAUCAAAUUGUUUUUUACGGUGGGAAAUUUAUCAUAUUGAAUUAUCCGUUAAUUAAUUCGAUAAUUGGAACGGUUAUGACGUAUCUUGUCAUCAUAUCGACAUCUAAUUUUUAA